UUUUAAUUUUCCAAAACAUUGCCUUAACCCCUCAACCAUUUAGAACUGCUGACAAAGAUUUUUGGAGCAUUAAAAUCACUCGUUGAAUAAGGUACAUUCAUGUAUUAAUACCCCAUUUAUUUUUUGUUCUUUCUUUUCCCCUACAUCGACAUUAAAUAAACUACUCUAUACAGCAAAACAAAAGGCAGCAAAACGUUUAAAACAAUUAUAGAAGUAUUCAUUUGUCUCUUCACUUAACACUUUAAGAUCAUCUCAAAUCAUCAAUUUCUUUACUCCAAAAAUCCUCCAUUUUUUCUCUCUUCAUCAUCACCACAUAUCACUGUUAUUCUGUUAAUGGAUUAUGAUUUGAAGAUUGCGAACAAGAAGGAUGUCAUUCUAACAACUCCUCUCUCUCUGGAAGGGAUAUCAGAUAAUAAUUACAGACCUCCCAAUAUUCUUCAACUCAUUCUUAGCCUCUUCCACAAUGUUAGACCUGGUGCUGAUCUUACUCGUUUUCAGCUACCUCCCUGGUUUAACACGCCAAAAUCACAACUACAAUGUUAUGGAGAACUAGUAUAUUGUGUGAACAAGGACAUGCUUAGCAAAUGCGCCACCGGAGAGACUGUCGUGGAUCGGAUGAUUGCGGUUGUUGCUUGGUGCAUCUCCACCAUUCGUACGCCGAAAUUUGGUGUUGCUCCAUACAAUCCCAUUCUUGGCUGCAGAGAUUCAAAAACCAAUGCAAGCGGGAAGGCAAGGGAAGGGAAGGAAUUUCAAAUUUUUUUUGGAGCGACGCGCCGAUUGAGAGGAAAAGCCUUUAUCGAAUUUGAAUCGAUAACUUCACCUUACCAUGGCGUUACUCUACCACUGAGUUAAAAGGGUCCUCUUAGCCAAUUCUUAAAUCGAACUUAUCACCAUGAACAAUUAUAUUUUAAUGGUCUAUUAGAAGCAGGUAGUCUACUCACUGGAUAGAUAUAGUUAUGUCUCUAGGCCAAACGACGUUCGGGCCAUGGGUCGAACG